AUGGACACUGAGACACUCAACAAGUAUGUUUUGGUUGUUAUCUAUGCCCUGAUCUUCCUGUUGAGCCUGCUGGGAAACUCCCUGGUGAUGCUGGUUGUCUUAUACAUCUAGGUCAGCAACUCUGUAACUGAUAUCUCCUUGCUGAACCUGGCCAUGGCCAAGCUGCUCUUCGCCCUGACCUUGCCUAUCCGGGCUGUCUCCAAGGCAAAGGGCUGGAUCUUUGGCACAGCCUUGUGUAAGGUGGUCUCACUCUUGAAGGAAGUCAACUUCUACAGUGGAAUUCUACUACUGGCCUACAUCAGUGUGGACCACUACCUGGCCAUUGUUCAUGCCACACGUACAUUGACUCAGAAGCAGCAUUGGGUCAAGUUCAUAUGCAUAAGCAUCUGGGCCCUAUCCCUGAUCCUGUCUCUGGCCAUCUUUGUCUUCCACAGAGCCAUCCACCCGCCUAAUUCCAGCCCAGUCUGUUAGGAGGGCCUAGGUGCCAAUACAACAAAAUGGCGCAUGGUGAUGCGAUUCCUGCCCCAGACUGUUGGCUUCCUUCUGCCACUGCUGGUCAUGCUGUUCUGCUAUGGGCUCACACUGCGCACGCUAUUUCAGGCCCACAUGGGGCAGAAGCACCGGGCCAUGCGGGUCAUCUUUGCUGUCGUGCUCGUCUUCCUGUUCUGCUGGCUGCCCUACAAUCUGGUGCUGAUAUCAGACAGCCUCAUGAGGAUCGGGGCGAUCAAGGAGACCUGUGACCGCCGAAAAGACAUUGACCGGGCCCUGGAUGCCACUGAGAUUCUGGGCUUCUUCCACAGCUGCCUCAAUCCCCUCAUCUAUGCCUUCAUUGGCCAGAAGUUUCGCCAUGGUCUUCUCAAGAUCAUGGCCAUCCAUGGCCUGAUCAGCAAGGAGUUCUUGGCCAAGGACGGCAGGCCUUCCUUUGUUGGCUCUUCUUCAGGGCACACUUCUACUACCCUCUAA